AUGAUCUCAGCAUUGUUCAUAUAUGAUAACAAGGGAGACAUACUAGUGUCGAAGUUGUACAAAGAAGGAGUGAAAAGGAAUAUUUCCGAUGUGUUCCGUAUUCAAGUUAUUACGUUAACCAACUCCCAAUCGAAAUCAUCAGCAUCAACUUCGAAUAAUUAUAACAAAUCACCAGUGUUGACAUUGGGUUCAACUUCGUUCAUUUAUAUCAAAUCUAAUAAAUUGUGGAUUUGUGCUGUUACUAGAUCCAAUCAAGAUUGUUCUGUUGUGUUUGAAUUUCUUUAUAAACUUGAAAGUUUAUUGAAAGUGGUCUUAUUUGGAAAUUCAUCAUUUAAGCUUAAUGACGAGGCAUUAAUCAAUAAUUUCGUAACGGUCAAUGAAUUGUUAGAUGAAGUGAUUGAAUUCGGAUAUCCAACUAGUUUAGAUCUAGCCAAUUUAAAACAAAAUGUGACCACAAGUCCUGAAAGUACAUUCAAUUUAAAAUUACCAUCACUUACAAAAAGAAAAUCAUCAGCAUUGAGUAUUCCUACUGUUUCAACUAGACUGAAAGUGACUUGGAGAGAUGACACUAUUAAAUAUAGAAGAAAUGAAAUAUUCCUAAAUGUUGAUGAGAAGUUAAAUAUAUUGAUGAACACCGAUGGUCAAAUCUUGAGGGCAUACAUCGAUGGUACAAUCAAUAUGAAAACUCAUUUAACAGGUAUGCCAAAUUGUAAAUUCGGAUUUGGUGAUAACAGUAUAUUAUUGAAUUCCUUUAAUGAAGAUAAAUACGAUGAAGAUAGCAAUGGUAAUAGUGUUAUUUUAGAAGAUAGUAAAUUUCAUCAAUGUGUGGAAUUAACUAAAUUCGAUCAAGAUAGAUCCAUUCACUUUAUACCACCGGAUGGAGAAUUCCAAUUGAUGAAUUAUCACUGUCGUCUGAAUAUAAACUUACCUUUUCAAGUGUAUCCUCAAAUAACAGAGAUUGGAAAUCUGAAAUUAAACUAUAAAAUCAGAGUUAAAUCAUUAUAUUCAUCAAAGUUACCAGCAACCAAUUUAGUAUUGAAGAUCCCAGUGCCAAGUGGAGUUAUAAAUUCGAAUAUUACCAAUUCUUCUGGAAAAUCAAAGUUAAGUCUUGAAGAUAAUUUGAUAAUCUGGAAAUUCAAUAAAUAUUUUGGAGAACAAGAACAUAUCUUAACAGCUGAAAUAGAAUUACCAAGCUCAUCUUCAUCUUUAUUCAAUUGGGUCAAGCCACCAAUAACCCUUGACUUUAAGAUUGAAAUGUUUUCAAGUUCAGGCUUAACUGUCAAAUUCUUAAAAGUUCAAGAGAAAGCAAAUUAUAAAACGGUCAAAUGGGUUAAAUACUGUACUCAAGCUGGAUCUUAUGAAGUUCGUUUUUAA